GUAGGUAAAUUUUUGGAACGUCAACAAAAAAGUAAAACAUUUAUUUUGCUCAAUUUUACAUUCAAUUAAAGCACAAUACUAUUCAACAAAAUAUACACUGGAGAGCACCAGAGAGUAAUAAUGAAAUAGAUUGUAAAAAUAUAAAAGAUCAAAUCAAAAUUAAAGAGUGGAGGCGUUAGGUAGCAUCUGCAUUUGCGGUCGGCUACAAAAACAAAAUCAAUUCAACUGACGUGGAUGUAUUUGUUGUUGUUAUUGUGACAGCAUGUCAACCACACGUAGACGUCAGCAGGUGAGCGAUGGCCCCGAAGAAGGCGAUGGCCAACUACUCAUCGAUAAGGACAGCAAUGGAUAUGGGGAAGAGGAGAAACCCGAUAUACGUGGUGAUAGGAGAAAUAUAGCCAUUCUUUUAUUUCUCUAUAUACUGCAAGGCAUACCCAUUGGCCUGAUAGCGGCCAUUCCGAUGCUUUUACAGAAUCGUGGAGCCAGUUAUAAGCAGCAAGCUGAAUUUUCCUUUGCCUAUUGGCCAUUUAGUAUAAAAUUACUAUGGGCACCCAUAGUGGAUUCGCUGUAUAUACGUCGAUUUGGGCGCCGCAAAUCCUGGCUAGUGCCAGUUCAAUAUUUAUUGGGUGCCUUCAUGUUGUUGCUCUCGCAACAUGUGGAUCUUUGGCUCGGAGGCAAGGGAGUGGAACCGAAUGUGCCUUUGCUGACAUUGUUAUUCUUUAUGCUUAACUUUUUGGCCGCCACCCAGGACAUUGCCGUGGAUGGUUGGGCUCUUACCAUGCUGAAACGCUGCAAUGUUGGCUAUGCCUCGACAUGUAAUAGUGUUGGACAAACGGCUGGAUAUUUUCUUGGCUAUGUGGUAUUUAUAGCUCUUGAAUCGAAGGACUUCUGCAAUUCUUAUCUAAGGGAUAUACCCAGCGAUGAGGGCAUGAUAACACUGCCAAGAUUCCUAUGGUUCUGGGGCAUCACAUUUAUGGUAGCCACCACAUUGGUGGCCAUCUUUAAGAAGGAGAAUGAUAUCGAAGAUGCCCAUAUGGAAUCACGUUACAAUGAGGAACACGAAUUAAAUAUACGAGAGAGCUAUCAAAUCCUAUGGCAAAUGGUUCGCAUGCGUCCAGUACAGAUAUUGGCUGGUAUACUGCUAACCGUUAAAGUGACCUUUGCUGCCUCAGAUGCUGUGACUAGUUUAAAAUUAAUUGAUGCUGGUGUACCCAAGGAUAAGUUGGCCCUAUUGGCCAUACCAGUUAUUCCCCUGCAGCUUAUACUUCCUUUAGUAGUAGGACGAUAUACAAAUGGUCCACGUCCCAUGGAUGUCUAUUUGAAGGCCAUUCCCUACCGCAUUUGUCUGGCCAGUGUGGCCACAAUAAUAGCCUAUCUAACACCCUAUAUGAUAUCCAAAGAUGGUGAAGUUCCCAUCUAUUAUUAUGUUCUACUUAUCACCAGUUAUGGCUGCUAUCAAGUAUUUCUUUACUCCAUGUUUGUGGCCGCUAUGGCAUUCUUUGCCAAGAUCUCGGAUCCAGCAGUUGGCGGCACUUAUAUGACAUUCCUUAACACGUUAUGCAAUCUGGGCGGGAAUUGGCCCAACACUGUUGUCCUGUGGCUAGUCGAUGUCCUUACCUGGAAGCAGUGUUCCACCCUCACCGAUAAUCAGUGUCUUGAUAAAACAGAAGAACAGGCAUGUUCCUCAUCAAAAGGUGUAUGCGAGAUCUCCUUCGAUGGCUAUUAUCUGGAGGCCUGUAUUUGUGUCAUCUAUGGCAUUAUUUGGUUGCUAAUAGUACGCAAAUGGAUAUUAUAUUUGCAAGAUCUACCAACCAGGUCCUGGCUGGUGGUAAAGACUGCUGGACAAUCAAGUUAUAAGUCUAGGUAGCAGUUAAUUGUCUGAUUCCAAAACAAAACUAAAAACUGAUCAUUGAGCAUCAUCAUGGUACAACAGAAGCUACAACCACAACUAGGACACAUUAUAUACAUAUAUAAUUUUUUUUUUUCCAAUUGCAUUCUAGGCUAGCGAAAUUUAAAAUUUUGUAGCUAACAAAAAUGUUCCCGCCUUUAUAUUGUUUAUUUUCUGUUUUAAUUUUAUAGACAUAUAUAAAACGAAAUGCUAUUGUAUAGCUUAAAUUCCAUCGGAAAUAAAAAUGAAACAAAUGUUGAAAAGAA